UGUACAAUUUUGGAAAUUUCGGACACAGUCUCGGAGUAGCCUCAAUCGAUCUUUUCACAGCGUAUUGUAACACAGUUCUGCUAAAAGUCUGUGCACAGUCUGCAGAUCGAGAUGCAUGAUGCGCACUCAACUUGACGUUUGUCAUAUUUUUUUGUGUUUUCAUGAUUCAUGUACAGAUUGUACAGAACUACAGAUGAUCUGAGCUUGUGUAGUAUUGAAGUUAUCUUAGGUUCCUAAAUAACUAAUUUAAUUAAUUUUUUUAUUAAUUGUGUAUUACAUCAAGAUUAGCAAAUAAAAGAGCGUAGUUAGGCCUAAUUAGAGAUGGCGGGAAUGAAAGUUUGGUUGGUCUGGCAUUUGCUGGGUCGAUUGGCAUGACAUGUCUCAUUCUAGCAUGUGCUCUUCCCCAAUACGGAGUAUGGUGGCCAUUUUUGGUUUGCAUUUUCUAUGUAUUGGCCCCUUUGCCGACCAUAAUUGCGCGCAGAAUGACGGAGCAGACAGGAGCUUCGAGCUCUAACAUGGAUCUAGCUAUUUUUGUCACCAUGGGUUUUGUCGUAUCGUCCUUUGCUCUACCGAUUGUACUUGCUAGAGCACCUAGUAAUGUCCCAAAAGCAACAAUCGAAGUGGGCGCCUGCUAUUGGACUCUGGCUGGCAAUGUGGUCGUUUACCUGACUUACAUCGGGUUCUUUGUCACUUUGUACCAGGAGGACAGCGAUUACAGUAUGUGGUGAUGAUGAAGACUGAUUAUUUUACUGACUGUGAACAUGUAGCCAUUUACUCGAUUUGAAAUUUCAUUCUGAUAUAAUUAUGACUCUCAAUAAUCCGUGUAUGUCGUGUCCUGUAAAUAGUCACAUUAAUAAAUUAUAAAUUGAUUUUAUUAGGGUUUCCCCACAUGGUAAUUUAUUUGUUGUAUUAUUUUGUACGGCAGCCUACAGUACUAGAAUAGUUUUUCCCUAGAUUCCACAUAAAUAAUGGAUCCAUAAUAUUCAAUUUUAGAAUUAAUUAUGAAAGUAAUCCAAUAGUUGAUGUACAUAAUCAUUGAAAUGGAUUAAAGUAUCAUUGCACCCAAUGUAAUCUAGAAUAUAUAUGGUUUAUGUAGAUUUCAGAUAAAAUCAUCUUUUGAAUUUCGGGUAUUCUUCUUUGAAAUAUUGUUUAAUUUACCACUUACAGUGCAAUUUUAAUUAUAUGUAUUAUUAUUAGCCUAUAUUGAUACUUUUGUGUUGUUAGUGUAAAAAGUUGAUUUAUAUAAUAAACUAAUAAUAAUUAAUUUAUAUUCACUGAAUGAUGAAAGAUGAAUAAAUAAUUUCAAUUUUCAAAA